AAUGAAACUGAAAUUAAUCUUGGGAUUUCAUAUUUGAAAUUGGGAUAUUAUGUUGACUCACUUGAUCAAUUUAAUUGUAUUUUAGAAGGCAAUUCUAAUAAUUUGACCGCAUUAAUUCUCC